UCUCCAGAGAACGCCGACGCUUGCUAGCUAGCAAAACAUUGCUUUUUUGCUUUUGUCUUUUCGGCGUUGCUGCGCUUUUCAGGUUUUAAACAAAUACUUAUUUCUGAGCCAUAAGGCCACAAGGCCGGUUAUACGAAUGUUUUGUUUACUAUGAAAAAUUUUUGAGCGUUUGUGUAACUUUUGUUAUUCAGAGGAAGUAGUUAGCUUCGGCUGCUGUUUUUCCCAUAGUUCUACGUUUUUUUCCAUAGCAAAACACGUACUGACCAGUGAGUUUUAAUGACAUUGUACUGCGUUUAAGCCAGCAUCACAAUGUUAGCCACUUCAGUUCCACGGCAAUUUAUUGGCAGAGAGUGAUGUUUAGGCUGACUGGUCUUUUCAGAGGAGUACGAAGGACCGUCUGCAGCGCCGCCGACGACAUGGCGAAGGGCAAGUUUUUCUACGCAGUAAAGAAAGGAUUCAAACCUGGAGUCUACACUUCGUGGGAUGAAUGUAAGAGUCAGGUGGACAAAUUUCCAUCUGCCUCUUUCAAGAAAUUUGCAUCAGAGAAAGAUGCCUGGGCGUUCGUCAGAGGAGUUAAACCUUCUGUGUCCCCAGAGGUCGCCAAAGCAGCUCAGAGUGUGGAAUCAGCCGUCACUCUUCUUCCUAAAAGAGGCCCAGAGCCUCUGGAGUACAUCCCUCUUGGUAAGAAGAGGUGUCAUUCAGAGGAGGUGGUGUCCCCACCCAAACGAGUCAAACAGUCAGAAAGCUCAUCUUCAGAAAGCACAGACAGAUUCACAUACAUGGGUGACGCUGUAGUUGUUUACACUGACGGCUGCUGCUCUAACAAUGGAAAGCACAAAGCCAAAGCUGGCAUCGGAGUGUACUGGGGCCAUAACCACCCCCUAAAUGUCGCAGAGCGGCUACAGGGAAGACCAACCAACCAGCGGGCAGAGAUACAGGCAGCCUGCAGAGCGUUGGAACAGGCCAAAGAGAGGAACAUUAACAAGUUGGUUCUUUACACCGACAGCAUGUUUACAAUCAACGGUGUGACCAAGUGGGUGAAGAACUGGAAGCUGAACGGCUGGAGGCUGAAGUCUGGAGGUCAGGUCAUCAACAAAGAAGACUUCAUGAAGCUGGACAGACUGAACACAGAGCUGGAGGUGAUCUGGAUGCAUAUUCCAGGUCAUGUGGGCUACAGAGGCAACGAGGAGGCUGACAGACUGUCGAGAGAAGGAGCAGCGAAGCCUUUAAAGAAGCAGGAUGAUGAAAGAGAUGAUUACGAUUAUGAGGAUCUUCUGCAGGACUGACCGUGUCUGGUUUAUCAUCCAGACUGCUUUGAUCUGGAGGUUUGUUUUUCCUCACAACAGAGCUUGUGACUAAACCGAAACUCGGACGGGGAAGUUUGCGUUGCAUCGGUUUUUCUGUUGAAUGUUCAGUUUUAAUUUAUGUUUCUGCUCUGAAUAAAGUUCUCAGUUUCAUCUGUAA